AUGUCUGAAGAAAUUGACGAAAGCUUAGAAAAUGAAUUCUCUAGUGAUGAAGAGGAGGUAGAGAUGACUGCUGCAGAUGUUCUUCAAAAGUUGGAGGAGGCAUGGCUAAAUGAGAAGUUCUCUCCCGACUUGCUUGAGAGUAAGGUUGAGAUUGUGGAGUGCAUGCUUGAGCAGCUUCAACAGAUGGAGGAGAACGUCAAACGAUGCAAGAAAGGAGAUUUUAGGAUUAUCGUCCACAGGAUGGAGAUUGAUAGAAUACGAUUCAUCCUGAGCAGUUACCUAAGGAUACGUUUGGCAAAGAUAGAGAAGUUUGUUCAUCAUAUACUUCACAAGGAAUCCAUCCGAAGUCCAGAUGAACCAAACAUGCUGUCACCAGAAGAAUUCACUUUUGCUAAAGAAUUUGCAGAGAGUUUAGAAACCCAUUCGAACACCGUUGUUCUGCGACAUAUGCCUCCAAAUCUACAAAACCUUGAUAAGCAAAAGUUAGUUCCUAAGCCAAACCUUGACAGCUAUGUGUUCCUGAGAGCUAAUGAGAAUCAAGAGCAGAUACUCAUAGAACCAGAGCUAGAGGAUGAACAGAAUGCUGAAGUUGUUGACCUUGACGCCGGUUCACAGUACAUCAUGAGAUAUCGACCAAUAGGAUCUCUUGUAGCCAGCGGAGCUGUUUCACUUAUAUGAGGGAGCUGUUGCCAUGGCAAUUAUUUUUCCAAAACAUUUUAAAAGCAGACUGAGAAUUUUUCUCUUAUAUGAGAGAGCAGUUGCCACAGUGCUGGUAUGUUUUCAGUACUUUUGUAGCACAUAGGUGGAAUCAACAUCAUCAUGGAUUUGGUUGUAAUUGCAAAGUAUUACUGAAAAUGAAAAGAAAUCCUUUCAUCUGGGACAAAAGGCGACCAUUGAAAUCUGAGAGACUUUGGUGCUGAUUAGAAUCAGUUGCCAUGGGAACUAUGAAGAAAAUGUGCCAUCGCACUUCUUACUCUGAUGCUGCCUGUGAAAUGGAGAUCUAUAAGGAAGGUGGCCGUGAUAGAAAAGGCUGUCAUUGUGGAGUCACAGAAUUUCUUUAGUGCCUCCUUCAGUAGUGACCAUUGACCUAACAAUAAUGAUGACAAAAUCAAAAGCAAACUCAGCCCUAGUUAGAAAAAUAUGGGGCAGUGCAGAGUGGAAACUUGAUUUUCUAAGUAUUCAUCUGCCCCACAAUAUUGCUUUGCUUUCAAUACCUUUAAGAACAUGUACCGAUAUUUGGUAGGAUUUCUGAUUAUGUCAACUCUAGAUAAGAAUUUGGUACCACAAAAUCGUAAAAUGGCCUUAAAAACAGACAAGUACGCUUUUCGACAUGUACUCAUCGGAGUAAACUCACAAUAUUAAACGGACCACUAACUUUGCUGCUAUUAACUCUUUGUCCGCCAAGUUCGCCGAUUGGCACACUUGCUGCUUCGCCAAGUACACCGAUCGGCACAAAUCUCACGACAAUCCGUUACAUUGAUUUAUAUUGUAUUGUGUGUACACACACGCCAUUGUGUUAUUCGUGUCGCGUUCUAAACACUCGCAUGCACGCUCCCUGACAUUAGUUGAUUACAAAUCGUUCCCAUUCGACUUUUUUGAGAAAAGUGACAUUUUUUGGAAUGUUUCCACAAGUUUUGAGAUGGCCUCUGGUCGAAGGAGACAGCGACUUUUCUCUCCCAAUGAAGUUUGAGAUUUGAUUAUGGCUUCACUUCCAGCGGCUGACUCGGAUUCCGAGGGCAGUGAAAAAAAAAAAGUUUGAAGAACUUACAGUUUAUUCAAUCCAAAUUAGUUUUAUUGAGUCUACAAACUACUUUGCAAAUACAUGUCAGAGUCACAGGGGAGAGGUGUAAAACAGUCUAUUCACCUAUAGCAUUGCAAUACAUUAUCAUUACCAUAUCACAAAAGCUAAGCUCCCUAAGUUGCACUUCCUGCCUUGCCAUUGAAAAAAAAAUAGCCUAGGCUUAUAGUAUUGGGCCUGUACUAUUAUUCUUUGACAAAGGGGUUAUAAGUAGCUUGUUUAUUUUCACCCAUUUAUUUGGUAUGUAUAGAAAGCUUAUAAUCUGAACUUUUGCAUCAUCUUACAUGAUGUUCACCAAAGUUCUUUUUUUUUUAAUCUGGGAAUGAACAGCCUGUACACUUAUAGUUUGCCAAUUGAAACUUGAAGGUUUCCAUUGAUCAGAGAUUUAUCUUCUAAACAUGAGUAAAUAUUUAUGAAAUAUACAUCAAUAGAAAGCUAAUUUCAUACUCUACAACUUUACUGCAGAACAUUUUUCUGUAGGAAAAAGCAUAAAAAAGUUACAGCCAUGUAAACUACGCAUGCAAAUCCAGAGCACCCAUUUCUGGUGUCCACAGAAUUAAUCCGGCAAUAGGGGAUUUCGUGCACGGCGGACAAGAGUUAACUAUCAUUGUAGCAGGGUUCAGAAGCCAGUCAAAAUCAAAGGUUCCAUUAAAGUCCUUUUUCAGCUCGGAGUCAAGUUAGUCAACUCUAUUCCAGGUUGCUGUGACUCUGAUUUCUGGAUUAAAUUGACUCAGAAUGAUGUUGCACCAACUGAGAGUCAAAUCAAUACAAGUCAAAAUUAUCUGGUAAGAUAGAAACUCUGACUCCAACGAAGUUGACUCCCAACAUCAUUUCCAGGUCAGAUUUGACUCUGCAGAAGUAUAUUAUUGGUUCAGGUCUAAUUGUAACUAUCCCUCUUUAAAUGAAAUGGUGUGUGUACACUGUACAGUUUAUUCUAUAUACAUGUGUAUAUAUUGACUUCAUGUGAAAAGUAACAAUAAAAUUGUUUACUUUUUGUACAAUAUGUGUUUGUAUAGUCCUUGUUAUCAGUGUAGAUGAUUUAUACCAAUUCAAUUUUUUGUUAUUAUUUUUUUUUGGGGGGGUUGGUCAUUUAGAUAUGUACAUCAUCUUCAAAUACAAAAGUGUGUAGAAAAUAUUGUAGCAUUUUUCAGAAGGUAAUGCACAAAAGGUAUCAAGUGAUGCUACACUCACUCGGUGCUGUAAAUGUGGAAAGUCUGGCUAAUAUAGUUGCAGAAAGGGGUCAAAAGAAUAUAGUUAAAUUGCCUUAUCUGCAAGGGGAUAUAAAGAUACAACUGCUGAAUUUGCCAUUUGGUAACUUUUGACAGAUGUAUGUAAAGUGUAUAGAGCAGUUUUUAUUGAUUUUUCACUAUAUGAAUAUGAGGUUAUUAUUAUGAAAUGAUUUGACCAGGGGGAACCCCUAUCUAAAAUGUGAAUAUGCCGGGAUUCUUUUUUUUUAUCUGGGACCCAUGUUACUUUCAAACUGCUGGCCGGCACUGGUGCAUAUUUCAAUAAUUGCCUGAACUAAGUGAAACCCAUUGUGUGGUGAAUGUGUACAUGUAAUCAUGUUUGUAUUCACAAUAAUGAUGGUUUUCUGAGCCUAUCCACUAUUUCCCAGGUUGGUACUGAUUGUUAUCGUGCACAGUAAAUGUCAAAAUACAUUUUGUAAUUUGUUUUCCCCAUUUUCCCUGAAAACUGAUGAGGGUAUUUUGUUUUCCAAAUAUGACACUGCUUUCAUUUCAAGGCCAAGUCCACCCCAUCGAAAAGUUAAUUCAUAUGAAUAGAGAAAAAUCAAACGGCACUGAAAAUGUUAUCAAAAUCAGAUGAAAGCUUUGAGAUAUUAAAACUUUGACUUAAUAUCAUAAAACAAUUAUAUGCACAUCUGGGUCAGAAUGUGACUUAGGGAACCAAGGAUGUCAUCCUCUUACUAAUUCUUUUGUGUUUUAUUAUAUGAAAAUUUGAAAUAUAUUAUUUUUCCCUCUAAUUUCCAAUGUGAUGCUUGUUUGAUUUUUCUCUAUUUAUUAAAAACAACUUUGAUUGUU